AUGGAGGCCACCGGCGGCGGCGGCGACGCGGCGGCGGAAGGGAGGAGAGGGGAAGGAGGGGCCGCGAGGUGGGCGGUGGGCGCGGUGUGCGGCGGGCUGGUGUACUACCACUGCGCGGUGCGGCGGGCCAGCGCGGUGUCGCUCGCCGCUGACGUGCUCCUCGUCCUCCUCUGCUCGCUCUCCAUCCUCGGCCUCCUCUUCCGCCACCUCCACAUCUCGGUGCCCGUGGAUCCUCUUGAAUGGCAGAUUUCUCAAGAGAUGGCAAAUAGUAUAGUUGCAUCCUUGGCUAACACAAUUGGGGCCGCCGAAUCUGUAUUGAGGGUGGCUGCAACUGGACAUGAUAAGAAGCUCUUUUUCAAGGUGGUUUUUACUUUGUAUUUUCUAGCAGCUUUGGGAAGGGUGGUAUCAGGUGCUGCAGUUGCUUAUGCUGCGCUCUGCGUCUUCUGCCUCUACAUGUUUGCGCAAAGCACUGAUCUGUUUGAUCAGCUCCCUUCUUGGAUUCCUGUAGGAAGAGAUUCGCUCGGCGGCACUCAGGAUUCAACAUGAUUCCCAUAUGUACAUCUAUUAUGAGUUUUAGUGUGUGGGUUUAUGUAACUCUGCAGGUCCAUAGCUUCUUGAACUGUAUAGCAUCCAUUUGCUUCUUUCACGGUUCACUUCUGUAUUACUGUUGUGCCUACUCUCCUGUAACUGCAGCAUCACCCCUGUAUAUCAUAUGCUAAUGCUGUUGCUAGCAACUCUAAGCAAAAUAUCAUUUUGCAGUUUCUUUCCUGUUAUAUGGAUCUAACUUGCUGGACAUGAGACACCUGAUGCAUGU